AUGCUGUGCUAUGUGACGAGGCCGGAUGCGGUGGUCAUGGAGGUGGAGGUGGACGCCAAGGCUAAUGGAGAAGACUGCCUGACCCAGGUGUGCAAGCGGCUGGGCAUUAUUGAAGUGGAUUACUUUGGCUUACAGUUCAGUGGUAACAAAGGAGAGAAUUUAUGGCUGAAUCUGCGAAAUCGAAUAUCUCAGCAGAUGGACGGCUUGGCUCCAUUUAGAAUGAAGUUAAGAGUGAAAUUUUUUGUGGAACCCCAUCUCAUUCUUCAGGAGCAGACCAGGCACAUGUUUUUCUUGCACAUUAAAGAUGAUCUAUUGGCAGGCCGUCUGCAGUGUUCUUCAGAGCAGGCUAUAGAACUGUCUGUGCUCCUGGCGCAGCUAGAGUAUGGUGAUUAUAACCAGAACACUGCCCAAUACUGCUACCAGAGUUUGUGCGCUAAGGAACUUGAAACUGCAACUUUAGAAAGUAUUAUUGAAAAGCAUAAAGGUUUGGAAGGACUAAGUCAAGCAUCCGGAGAAUACCAGGUUCUUCAGAUUGUGUCCACACUGGAAAACUAUGGGGUGGAGUGGCAUUCAGCACGAGAUGCUGAGGGACAAAAGCUCAUUAUUGGAAUCGGCCCUGAGGGUGUAUCCAUUUGUAAAGAAGACUUCAGCUUGAUGAACAGGAUUACGUAUCCAGUGAUCCAAAUGGCAACCCAGUCAGGGAAGAAUGUAUAUUUGACAAUAACCAAGGAGUCUGGGAAUAGUUUGGUUCUUCUUUUUAAAGUGAUCAGCACAAGGGCCGCUAGCGGUCUCUACAGAGCGAUAACUGAAACGCAUGCAUUUUACAGAUGUGACACUGUUACAAGUGCUGUUAUGAUGCAGUACAGCAGAGAUCUUAAGGGUCACUUGGCAUCUCUUUUCCUGAAUGAUAAUAUCAACGUUGGAAAAAAGUAUGUAUUUGACAUCAAAAGGACAUCAAAGGAGGUCUAUGACCAUGCAAGGAGGGCUUUGUACAAUGCUGGCAUUAUGGAUCUGGUGUCAAGGAGUGACCAUAGUGAGCCGAGUUCUCCUCUCAAGACAUCUGAAAGUUCUCUGGACUGUAAUAGCUGUGAGAGCCUUAGCUGUCAGCAAACAAAAACCCUGCAGGAGAAACUGAGGAAGUUGAAGGAGGCCAUGCUGUGCAUGGUCUGUUGUGAGGAAGAAAUCAAUUCUGCCUUUUGCCCAUGUGGACAUAUGGUUUGCUGUGAGGGAUGUGCCAAUCAGUUACAGUCGUGUCCAGUAUGCAGAGCAUCAGUGGAUCAUGUUCAGCAUGUCUAUUUACCAACACACACAAGCUUAUUAAAUCUGACUGUCAUUUGA